GAUUUUUGUGUCUAUGAUGCUGCUCGACGACAAGCAAAAAGUCUACUCGACUCUCUUUGCCAAGAAAGUAACAGUCGGUGUUUUUCAUUCUCGGUGAGCGCGUCCGGAGGAUACUGUAGCUGUGAAACCCUGCAAUCGGUGAAGAUCACGAUACUAGUUCUUGAGGGUAUAGUUAGUAAUUCCAAUUCGUGA